AUGAGGUCAGCAGUGUGGUGUUGCUCUGUUGGUGUGCUGUUGGCCGGUGUCCGGGCGUUCGUGCCGGUCGGGGGUGGGGGUAACACACAUGUGACCAUCACUGGAAAUGCUGUAAUGAAAAAGAUCAAUGAAGUGUGUAAGGCAGUGGCCGAGUCCGAGGGGAGAGAGUUCAAGCCGACGGGCUCCUCUGUGGAGGAGCUACUGCGUGCAUGUCUUGGUUCAGCCACCGGUCAGGUUUCUGCUGCAAAGUUCCAUGAAGCCCUGAAUCAGAUCUACAUGCAGAACAGCCUGGUGGACCGAGACUUCAUGUCCAGUAACCCGCACCACUUCAACAGUGAGACUUUCAGUGGGGGACGCACCCUCAUCACACAGGGCACUGCCGCCAUCAAAGCCAACAUCCGCAAAGGCAGCUUUCAGGCUGCACGAGAAACACUGGGCCGAGUCCUACACACUCUUCAGGAUUUUUACAGCCACAGUAACUGGGUUGAGCUGGGUAACAAAGCGCCAUAUCCUGCCCUCAUCAGACCUGACCUCACCAUCAGCAACAUCGCAGAUGUGAACACUCCGACCUGCAGUGACUGUGCCAGUGGUACGUGUCCAAACCCCCUGCUGCCCUCCAUUGUGAAUGAGAAGAAACUCACAUCAGGAUACAUGGGCCUGGUUUCUGCCAGCAAACCUACAGGUAAAUGCAGUCAUGGCGGGGGUGCUGACCUCAGCAGUACCCAGAAUCCUCGAGGUGGGAUCAGUAAAGAUGAGCGGAGGGCCCAUAAUGCGGGCUUCCAUGACACUGCUGUCGCCCUGGCAACGGAGGCCUCGCUCGAGUUGCUGGAGGACAUCCGUGGGGCAGCCGGCAAUAAGGAGUACCUAAGGCUGAUGGGUAUCGCUCGCUCUGCUGUUCUUUGCUUUGUGAUUGACACAACAGGCAGCAUGGCUGAUGACAUCGCCGAGGCUAAACGAGUCGCAUAUAACAUCAUUGACAGUAAGAAAGGAACCCAAGAUGAACCUUCAGAAUACAUCCUGGUCCCAUUCAACGAUCCAACUUUUGGACCACUUAUAAGAACAACUGACCCAGAUGUGAUGAAGGCAGAGAUUUCUAAGCUUGGUGCGAGUGGGGGUGGGGAUGUGCCAGAGAUGUGUCUCUCAGGACUGCAGCUGGCUCUGACUGGAGCUCCGGCCUCCUCUCACAUCUACGUUUUUACUGAUGCUCCGGCUAAAGACACACACUUAGAAAAAACCAUCACCGCCCUCAUCCGUAGCACCAAGUCUACAGUGUCCUACUUCCUGACACAAAAGACGAGAUCAGCAAGAUCAGUGAGCCCACAGGCACGCUCAGUUUUCCAGCUGUAUUAUGACUUGGCUUUGGCUUCCGGAGGUCAAGCAAUAAAGGUAUCCAAGGCCGACCUGCCCAGCGCCACUGACAUCAUCGUUGAUACCUCCACAUCCGCUCUGGUGACGAUUCUGCAGAAGGCCAGGAACCCAGGCCGUGUGGAAAGUUUCCCCUUCCUGCUGGACGCAUCAGUGUCCAAUGUCACUGUCUACAUCACAGGAGAUUCACUUAAAUUCACUCUGCAUAGCCCAUCAGGUGUAUCUCAACCUGACAGUGCUGGUAAAGGGUCUCUGGCUGUGAUUCAGACUGUGGGGAACCUGUGGAGGGUUAAGCUCAACUCUCCUGUAGAAACAGGCCUGUGGAACAUCAGCAUAGUGUCCACACAGGCCUACACCGUUAAAGUCACCGGUCAAAGUGCCAUUACGUUCAUUUAUAACUUUGUGGAGGAUUUUAAAGGGCCUCAUCCAGGAUAUGCUGCUAUUUACGGUCGGCCACAGACAGGCCUACCUGCUAAGCUGUUGCUAACAGUAACUGGGCAGAAGGGGGCAGAGGCUCUGAAGGUGCAGGAGGUCGCUCUAGUGGAGGUUUCCGGAUCCCGCGUGGUGGACGGAGUCAUACAGGAGAUGGGUGGUGGGGACUUCUUGGUCACUGUGAGUCAGGUUCCAGACGGAGAAUUUGUGGUUAUGAUGAAAGGAGAAGAGACGGCCACCUCGAGUCGCUUCCAAAGGCAGAGUACUACGCAGAUGUCUCUGUCUAAUGUCAUCAUCACGGCUACAGUAAACAGCACCCUGCUGCCAGGAGAAGACUUUAAACUACCUUUUAUUGUAAUGACCAAUGGAACCGGAGGCACCUACACUAUCACUAUUGGAAAUGACAGAAACAUUCCUCUUACCUACAACACAAAGCUGAAUCUAGUGAGUGGGGUCAGUACUGAAAGCGCAGUGAUUCUGAAGCCACCUGCAAACACCGCGUCGGGAACUGAUGUCACUCUGACCAUUGCAGCUGAAGGGCCAAGAGGUGCAGAUUCCAACUACGCUGUGCUCCGUCUUUCUGUCCUCGCCAAGGUGACUGAUCUCACUCCUCCAGUGUGUGAAAUUGUGGGUGUAAGUGCUAUCUGCCCCUCUGAUUGCACCCAGUCAACCUGGGACCUGUCUGUCAACAUCACCGAUGGCAACGGCUCUGGUAUUGAAGACAUCUCCAUCCAGCAGGGCAGAGGAAAUUUCUCACAGGAAGCAGUGGUGGAUGGGGGUAUAACUGUGGUGAUGGGACUCUACAGCGCCUCCUGCUGCUCACCUGAUGUAACCCUGUCUGUUGUGGAUAAGGAAGGAAAUGUGGGUAAAUGCUCUUACUCUGUAGAGAGGAGUGGAGGGGUCUCCCUCAGUCUGUCUCUGCCGCUGUGGGCCUGUCUGCUGCUUUCAAGCCUGAACACACUGCGGGACGUUCUACCACUGCCCUGAGAGAGCACUGCCCUAAGAAAGCACUCUCCAGAUGUAACCGAAGCAAAUUUUAAAUAGCAUAAGCUAAAUUCUAAUAUAAUACCUUACUGUUUAUCUCACAUUUCCCUUGCAAUUAUAUGAGCCGUGUAACAGAAUGUCAGAAUCUUGAAGGUCAGCACUGAUUAUUGACACACAAGGGUGGUCUUUGUACUAGGCAAGGCUAGGCAGCAGUUGUCUAGGGCCCCCUUGAGCCAAAGGCCCUAUGAAAAUACAAAUAAAUAUACAUUUGGGGUCCUGAUUUUUAAAGAAGGGGGUGAA